AUGUUCCCCGGUGUUCAGCAACAACCUCCAGUGCCAGGAGCUAUGAACGAUGUUGAAUUCGAAGAAAUAAUGAACAGAAACAGGACUGUCGCUUCCUCUGCGAUUUCUCGAGCGGUCGCAGACGCCGCAGGAGGUGACGUGAAGUCAGCAACGGAAACUAUUUUAACGGCGAUCUCUCUUAUAAAGCAAAGUCGUGUGGCGCAGGACGAUCGUUGUCGUGUUCUCGUUGCAAGCCUACAGGAUACGCUGAAUGGAAUUGAAACCAAAGCGUAUUCGGGUGGUGGAGGAAGCAGUCGUAGCAAGCAUCGCGAUAGAUCACGUAGCCGCUCCCGCGAUCGCGAUCGCAAGCGACGACGCCGUAGCCGUUCAAGGAGCCGGUUCUGUUGUAUUUCCCAUGCGUUCGUUGUUCGAGUAAGGAAGAAGAAAGGCUACGUAGCUUCGGUGACGUCGCUUCCGUCAAAUCUCAACAUGGUUACGGGUGACAUACACGAGUCUGAAACGUCGGCGAUCUACUUGUCCUACGUUUUAUUCUUUCAGUUUGCUCUCAAGAUGCCUUGCAAUAAAUCGUCGAAUUUCAUUGUGCAACAUCAGUGUUGUCCAUGGGGAACUAUUGCGAAAUUGAAUUUA